AUGGCGAUUAAACACCACGCGCUACUGUCAAAGGCGGCGGCGCCGAGGUCUGGGACGUGGGCGCUCGUGACUGCGGCGGCGGCGGCGAGGACUGGGGCGGCGGCGCCGAGGUCUGGGGCGGCGGCGCCGAGGUCUGGGGCGGUAGCGGCGGUCUGGUUCGCAGGGUUGGGGGCAGGUUCGCGGGUUUGGGGGAGGAAGAAGAAAGGAGGAUUUGUGUGGUGUGGGGAGGGGAUAAGGUGGGAGGAUAAGGGGGACCGUCCGAAAUUUUAA